UGGGACUUCUCGGCUGAGCGAACUCUGCGCGCGCAGCAGCGGCGGCGGGGGGAGCUAGAGGCUCGCGAUGAGCCCGGGACGCGCGCCGGCCGCCCAGAGCCGGGCCGUGGCGGUUCCUGCGCGGACCCCGGGCCGCACUCGCUGUCCCUGGGGCCGCGGACCCGGGGAGGAAGUCUCCGGGAGACGGUGGAUGGCGGCAAGGAAAAACCUAAGGUGUAUCAAGGUGUCCGGGUGAAGAUCACAGUGAAGGAGCUGCUGCAGCAGAGAAGGGCACACCAGGCAGCCUCAGGGGGAACCCAGUCCGGAGGCAACAGUGUCCACCUUUCAGACCCAGUCCCACCAUCUUCUGCAGGACUGUAUUUUGAGCCUGAACCAAUUCCUUCCACACCCAAUUAUUUCCAACCCCGAGAAUUUUCCAGUUGUGUUUCUUGUGAAGAAAACCCAGGCUUUCUGGACCAGAUAUUUGAUUCCUACCUUCAGCCAGAGACACACCCGGAUCCUUCGCUUAGUUCCAUGCAAAGUACUCCACACUAUUUCCCAGACAGCUUCCAAGCUGCCCCUUUCUGCUUUAACCAGAGCCUGACGCCAGAAUCGCCUUCGGAUUCCUCCACUCUCUCUGGCUCCUUCGACUACAAUUACUGUCCUGCUCAGCUGCCUUCAUACACCGCGGAGAGCCACACCGCUCUCCCGCAGCUGGACACCAGGAACUGCGGCCACCCGUCGGAAGAUUAUGCCUACUCUCACCCGCCCGCGCACGCCCAGUAUGACAGCUUCUCCCCCGCCUCCAUCUGCUGCUGUGCCUCCUGUGAGGCCGAACGCUUGGACGCCUUCAGAGCCUCAGACUGCUUUUCCUACCCCAGCACAGACUAUGUGAAUUUCGCUCCCUCCGCAGCAGCAAGCAGUGAUUUCUAUAAGAGGGAAACAAAUUGGGACAUUUGCUACAGUUAAUAGAAAUGACGCCUAUUUGGAACAUGACAUGCGUACAUCUUUUUUUUUUUUUUCUUUUUUUACCACCUCUAGAUGACAACUCAAAAUAUACAACCUGCUAACAAAAUAUCACAGGUGCAGUUUACAUGUCACCGUUUUUGGUUUUCUGACACUAAUUGAGGCUUCAAGACAGAGUCCUUAGGCUCAGUCAUACUGCCACUCCUACUUUGUAUGCUUAACGGUUAAAAUUUUUGUAGGGAACAUUCGGUUGUUUUACUUUUUUGUGUGUAACGAACAAAUGAUAAUUUUUUAACUAAUAAAUAAUUUUGUAUUACUAAAA